GGUUGACAGGUUGUGCCUGUUUUCUUCGUCGAUUUUAUUUUCGUUUUUAAAAUAAAAUUAAUCAUACUUAUAUCUCUUCUCCUGUGAGGGAAAGGCCUUUCUGAUAAGGCAGCUCAACAUAGGUACUAUACCUUAACCUUUCCUUUCUGCUUUUCCCUAUUCUUUUUCCUUAAUCCUAGGUACUUGUACUUGCACAAAGCCCUUCCACAGCAUAAGCAGAGUUAAAACAAUAAAUAAGCCCUCACGAAACAAACCUAGACAAGUAACUUUGGACACAAACACCAGAUAUUGGCCAAAUCCUAAGGGAGUCAUCACUGAAGAAAUCAAUUAAUCAAAUAAAAUUAAUUAGUCAAUGAAAUGUUUCCACGUUUUAUUCCAUUUCAUAUUAAUACAAUUUCUCGGCAGAUAGUAUAUAUACCUAAACAUAAACCGCCAGACCAUAAGGAUUUUGAAACGCUCAGAGACUUUCUAUUAAGAAACAACAAAAUUCUUAUAUUGACUGGUGCUGGUAUAUCUACAGAAUCAGGUAUACCAGACUACAGAUCCGAGGAAGUUGGCCUCUAUGCGCGAAGUAAUCAUAAGCCAAUACAGUAUCAGGAGUUUGUUAAAUACCCAAAAGUGAGACAAAGAUACUGGGCCCGAAAUUUUGUGGGAUGGUCAAAGUUCAGUAAAGUGGAACCAAAUAGCACUCAUAAAUCAAUUAAACAAUUAGAACAGGUUGGUAAAGUUACUGCAAUUGUUACCCAAAAUGUGGACAGACUUCAUCACAAAGCCGGAUCACAGAAUAUAAUUGAGCUUCAUGGCACUGGUUAUAUAGUGAAAUGUCUAAAAUGUCCUUAUGAGAUUACCCGUGAUGAACUGCAGCAAAAACUAAUAGAAAAUAAUCCAGAGAUGGAAGAAACAUUUUCUAUGAUAAGACCAGAUGGAGAUGUUGAUUUAACCCCAGAACAAGUAGACAAGUUCAAAACACCACUUUGUCCUAAAUGUGCAGGUCCUUUGAAACCAGAUAUCAUAUUUUUUGGGGAUAAUGUUCCUAAACAAAGGGUGCAAAAAGUAAGAGACCAAGUUAGUGCAAGCAACGCAGUCUUUGUUUUAGGAUCCAGUCUUACAGUAUACUCUAGUUAUAGAAUUAUUCUUCAAGCUAAGGAAGAAAAUAAAGAAAUUGCAAUAUUAAACAUAGGACCAACUAGAGCGGACGACAUAGCGCAUAUAAAGAUAUCGGCAAAGUGUGGUGAUGUGUUGCCAAGUUUAUGCAAUUUACAAAAUUUAAGUUGAUUUUA